AUGGCACAGAUGGCCUCCCCUGUUUAUGGAGUCACCCAUGCCCAGAGGCAGGAGGUGUCCAACAGCAGCUCCAUCACCCAGUUCCUCCUCCUGGCAUUCGCAGACACAAGGGGGCUGCAGCUCUUGCACUUCUGGCUCUUCCUGGGCAUCUACCUGGCUGCCCUCCUGGGAAACAGCCUCAUCAUCACCGCUGUAGCAUGCGACCACCGCCUCCACACCCCCAUGUACUUCUUCCUCCUCAACCUCUCCCUCAUUGACCUGGCCUCCAUCUCCACCACUGUUCCCAAAUCCAUGGCCAAUUCCCUCUGGGACACCAGGGCCAUCUCCUAUGCAGGAUGUGCUGCUCAGCUCUUUCUCUUUGCAUUCUUGGUAGUAGCAGAGUAUUCAGAGUAUUGUCUUCUCACCGUCAUGGCCUAUGACCGCUACGUGGCCAUUUGCAAACCUCUGCACUAUGGGACCCUCCUGGGCAGCAGAGCUUGUGUCCACAUGGCAGCAGCUGCCUGGGGCAGUGCUUUUCUCAACUCUUUCCUGCAUGCUGUCAAUACAUUUUCCAUACCCCUCUGCAAGGGCAAUACCGUUGACCAGUUCUUCUGUGAGAUCCCCCAGAUCCUCAAGCUCUCCUGCUCAGAUGCUUCUCGCAGGGAAUCUGGGCUUAUUGUGGUUAGUUUUUCUGUAGCUUUUGGCUGUUUUGUUUUCAUUGCGGUAUCCUAUGUGCAGAUCUUCAGGGCCGUGCUGAGGAUCCCCUCUCAGCAGGGACGGCACAGAGCAUUUUCCACGUGCCUCCCUCACCUGGCUGUGGUCUUCCUGUAUAUCAGCACUGGAAUGUUUGCCUACCUGAAGCCGCCCUCCAUCUCCUCCCCAUCCUUGGAUCUGGUGGUUAGUGUAUUGUAUUCUGUGGUUCCUCCAGCAGUAAAUCCCUUCAUCUACAGCAUGCGGAACCAGGAGCUCAAAGACACACUCAAGAAAUGGAUUCCAUGGGUAGUUUUUCAGCCACAAUAA